AUGUCUCAAGGGGAGAACACCACGGAGCAGAUGGAUCACAUGUUGGACACCAUGACCCAAAAGAACCAACAAAGCGAGGAAAGCGAAUCACAAUUCCAGAAACUAGGCGACGUGGUGGACAAUCAAGAUGAUAAUGGUGUCGUCCAAGUUGAAAGUCUUUGCAUGAACUGUCAUGACAACGGCACAACUCGGCUCUUACUCCUUCGCGUACCCUUUUUCAGAGACAUCAUCCUCGAAAGUUUCGAUUGCCCGCAUUGUAAUUUUCGCGACAAUUCUGUGAAGUCCGCCUCUCAGAUUCAGACGUACGGAUCGAAAUACACUUUGGUGGUGGAAAAUGAGGAAGAUCUCCAACGCCAGGUGGUCAAAAGCGACGUUGCUAUUUUCAAACUGGAGACACUGGAAAUUGAAAUGCCCAAGGGGGAGAGUCAGCUUACCAAUGUGGAAGGAGUACUUCUAAAAAUCCAUUCAACACUGGAAAGUGAACAGUCCUUGAGGAAAGAGCAAGCACCGGAGCUUUACAAUGCUUUAGAGCCAAUUAUUCAAAAGAUCGGUCAGAUGCUGAAGAGAGAGGCGUUCCCUUUUACCAUUUCGCUCGACGAUCUCACAGGCAACUCCUUUAUUGCGCCUACAACACACGAUAGCGGAAACAAAUACACACGCCGUGACUAUGCACGAACACACGAGCAGAAUGAAGAACUGGGUAUCUCAUCAGACCCAGAUGCUCAGAAAACGGAAGAAAGCAACAUGAUUCAAAGCGCCGGAAACCCCGAGGAUCUUGAUAUUAUCGAUGGACAGGUUUACACUCUCCCAGCAGAAUGCCCAGGCUGUGCAAAGGCGUGUGUGGUCAAUAUGCAAAAAGUCAGCAUUCCUCACUUCAAAGAAGUUUUCAUCUGGAGUACCGUCUGCGAUCACUGUGGCUACCGGACGAACGAAGUGAAGACUGGUGGAGAGGUUCCGGAGAAAGGAAAACGCAUCACACUCAAAGUCGACACCAUCGAGGACCUGUCCCGGGACAUUCUCAAGUCAGAUACCUGUGCUCUGUACAGCCCGGAAUUGGAGAUGUGGUCCCAGCCAGGAAGUCUGGGUGGGCGGUUCACAACCGUCGAGGGGCUGUUGACCGAAAUCCGCGACCAGCUACACGGACAAAUCUUCGAUGUAGGUGAUUCUGGUGCCGGCGAUUCGCUGUCCUCUGAGGACAAGGGAAAAUGGACUCGUUUCUUUGGCCGAUUGGACGCCGCCAUCAACGGAGAGCUCAAGUUUGUUGUCACGCUCGAGGACCCUCUUGCCAACAGCUAUGUGCAGAACUUGCAUCUCCCAGACCCCGACCCUCAACUUCAAGUGGAAGAUUACACGCGCACUGAUGAAGAGGAUGAUGAUCUUGGCUUUAAAGAUAUGAAGACCGAAGGCUACGAGAACGAUGUCGAGAAAAAGGAGUAA